AUGGAGACAGUGUUUUGCGAGUGCAAAAAGUGCGAUGCCCCGAUCGGGCGGUUGGCGAAUCUCUGGACGCAGAUCGGGAAGGGUUACUUUAGCCCGGUCAUCGAGCCCGAAGAUGACCUUGCCAUUCACCCUCAAGGCGCGAUUCGCAUCGGUGGGCGAGGAACGUUGGUGGAUGAAUGUCAUCUACAAGACGUUGUCUGCACAAGCUGCAAUGCCCUCCUUGGCCUUAGGUGUGUUCAGACACCCGUAAACCACGUGCUGGACAAGAACCAGCUUCUACUUCGGCUGGCGUCCGUAGAACUGCUAAACAGUGACGGCAAAGGGAUCAAAUUCAACAUUCAGCGCAUCCUCGUCGUCAAUGAGCCCUCAAAGGCGAAUGGGGAAAGGUUCCAAAAUCCGCCACAGGAGUCACCCGGAGGUUUCACUUCGGGUUAUCCAGGGAUCCGGGAGUUGCGACAACUGCAACUUGAUCUCCGCAGCCAAAGAGAGGACAUCAGGCGCAUCGACAGCAACGGCUUCAGGAUUGUUUCGGCAUUGGACAAGCGUGCGAACCGCAUUCAGUACGAAGUAGGAAAGCUGAGCGACGCCAUGCUCGGCCUCCACCGGGACAUCGGCGGGCUCCAGCAGGAUCUUAGAACAGUACAGGAUGAGCUGAGCAAGGUUCCGACAGUGGCGCACGACCCUAAUGCCCUUGCCGCGCUCGGUGACCGAGUGACCUUAGCGACCGCUGCCGUCGGGAGACUGGGAGAGCAGCUCGCCGCAAUGGAUGCUCAAUUCAAGAUUGACACGGACCAGAUCUGGCUGGAGCUCUGCCAGCACCAAGAAGUAAUAGAAAACUCGAAGUCAACGAUCGGGAGUACCGUCCCCGCUGCAGAACAUGCGCAAGAAAUGGCGAAUAUUCGUGCCGGAAUGGCAGAAUUGCGGCAACAGAUGAACGAGAUUCGAGCUUACGAGACGGUACAAACAAACUCUGCAUUCCCGUUCCCGUCCCGGGAGCUAGAGGUUAUCACGAGCAGCAUUGCCAAAAUUGGCAACCGGGCCAACCAGGUCGAGACUCUGAAGAUGGAGCUUGAGAUGCUGAAAGGAAGAGCGCAGUUCCGGGGCAAUCUGAUGCCCUUCCUCGCUUGCGGAAACGAGGUGCAUCCCCAGACCUCCAACCCAUCCCCCAGAGAUCUGCGUCCUCCCUCGAAUGCUCAAGCCAUGCAGAUCGACGGUAUCCGACGACGUCUGAAGAGUCGGUUGUACCACCGAGUGCCGUAA